ACCCUCUCCUCAUCCCUCCUCCGUUCCUCAUCCCCUCCUUCCCUCUCUUCUCCUCCCAGAGCCAGCAUUGUACAGAAGAGGAUCAUCUAUUUCCAGGAUGAAGGCUCUCUCACCAAGCGCAUGUGUGAGAAAGAAUCAACAGGGGAAACCACAGAGAAGCCUGUGUUGGACUGCUGUGCCUGUGGAACGGCCAAGUACCCGCGUGACCUUCUACGGAAACUGGUCUGAGAAGGUCCACACUAAGGACUACCCCCGUCGAGCCAACCACUGGUCUUCCAUCAUCGGGGCAUCCCACUCCAGGGACUAUGUGCUGUGGGAGUACGGGGGAUACGCCAGCGAGGGCGUCCGGCAGGUGGCCGAGCUGGGCUCACCUGUCAAGAUGGAGGAGGAGAUCAGACAGAAGCCCAGCCAAGACGCAAGUCCCACAUGGAGUCGGAGGCGGAGAGAACCGCCAGGUGGCAGACAGCGAUUGGACGACAGACAAAGAGGAAGUGUUCCAGGGAUAUGAAAGCUCGGGGCAGCAGAGGGACUAGCAGGAGCGAGGAGGAAGAGCCGUCUGUGUGACACCAUAUGUCCGCCUCUUUAGGGUUUUAUUCCGGAGUAUCUGAGCUGUGUUAUCCACUCCCUCGGGGACGCAUCCAUGUCCUCCAACUGGACUCUGGGAAGGGAGAGGAGGAUAGAAGAUGACUCACUGCAUCCUCUCCUCCUCUUUCCCUGUUGGGAGAUGUAUUCUUGUUUGUUCUCCUUCUUUCUGAUGUGAUGCUCUUGUACCAAACCACUGUUCUAGCCUUUUCUGUAAAUUAUUAAA